AUGCAACAAGCUCGCUGCCACGUCGUGACGUCGCCCGGUGGCACCGCUCUAAAGGAUUUGUCACAGAAACUCAUUUACAUGAGGCCGGAAGCCUUGGGGAAGCAGGCUGCCCGCAAUGGAAAUCUCAACAUAAAGGUGACUGUGCAAGAAGAGGCGGUUGCGCAAGGAUCAGUGUUCGUUGUCCGGCUAGUGGGAGGAUCCAGCUUACUGGAGGCCACCGGAGAUGCGGACAUGGAGCUCGACCAGCAGAGGGAUGAAGAGAUGGCUGCCUUAGAUCAGAUGAGGGAACGCCUGGCGGUAAUAGAACAUUCGAGGAAGUUCGGUGGGGAGAAGAUAGCAUUAUCCGAUGGGGUAGAUAAAGGGGCUCAACAAGUGAGUAAACUCAUGGAUAGGCUCAAUGAGGCCAGGGAACGAGAAGACGAAUGGUCAGGACGACAAUCAGAAUACAACAGCGUCUGCGGAAGAAAGUUUACUGUCACAGUCUGA